AAAACUUGCAUGACACCACAUUACACCACACGUGAAAGAUUGACUGGUUCCUAUCCCAACUGCAUGGGGUCACAGAAAGUUGCGACAUGUUUUCUUUGUGCCGGUUUCGCUUUUGGAGCAGCAGCCAUCGUAAACAAAUGGGUAUAAAGGGGCUGUCUUCUCAGGCCAAGGUAAGGAUGCAUUUACAAGUAUAUAUACUCAAUUGCCUGUAUAGACACUGUCAUCAUGAAUCCCGGUGCUUUGUUGGGUCUGUUGGCCUUUGCCGCCGCUGCAGUCGAGGCUGCUCCCACAGGAAACUCUCCCAUUGCUCUCCAGGACAUCCAGAACUUCAAGCAAAACAUCAAGAAUGUCGUCGUUCUGUGCAUGGAGAACCGAUCACUAGAUAACCUCCUCGGAGGACAGACCAUCGAGGGCCUCGAAAAUCCCAUCAACAACGGGCCCUACUGCAACCCUGUGAACCUUACAAAUCCAUCUGAAGGCACAGUCUGCUCCGCCAGCAGUGACUACGAUUCUAUUCUCAAUGACCCUGAUCAUGCGAUUUACGGCAAUAAUAUCGAGUUCUACAGCGACUUCACUCCGGACAACUCGCAGAUCCAGGACGGCAAGUUGAAGCCUACCAUGCAGGGCUUUGUGCACGAACAGCUUCGGCGGUACGGGUCCAAGACCAACAAGACCAUGCUGGGUCAGCAGGUGAUGAACUACUAUACCGAGGAGCAGGUCCCUGUCCUGACUACCCUCGUGCAAAACUAUGUCACCUUUAACCACUGGCACUCUGAUAUCCCGGGGCCCACCAACCCCAACCGAGCUGCUCUUACAUCAGGUACCUCUGCAGGCCAUGGUACAAAUGAUGCUGGUUUCGGAGAUACUCAGCACGCUCUCAAGCAGCGAUCCAUCUUCCAGCAGCUUUCCGAGACUAACAAGACCUGGACCAACUACUACACUAGCACCAGCAUGGUUGAUGCCUACUUUUACGACUGGACCUGGACCAGCGGCAAUCAGGACAAGGCCCAGCCUCUGGCCAAGUUCUACACUGACGCCUCCAGUGGCUCUCUUCCUCAAUUCAGCUACAUCGACCCCUCGUGCUGCGGUGUCGGCACCAACUCUAUGCACCCUACUGGCUUGAUCUCCGAUGGAGAGACCUUGAUUAGAGAUGUUUACGAUGCUCUCCGCUCCAGUCCACAGUGGAAUGAGACCCUCUUUGUUCUUACAUUCGACGAAACCGGUGGCUUCCACGACCACAUGGUUCCCCCUCUGGCCGUCCGUCCCGACAACCUGAGCUACACUGCUACGACUCCCAAUGGAGAGCCCUAUACCUUCGACUUUGACCGUCUUGGUGGCCGUAUGCCUACUUUCCUCAUUUCCCCCUGGGUUAAAAAGGCUUUCGUCGAGCAGAAGGGAACCAACUCGGAUGGAUCGCAGGUCUCUUACUCUGCCAGUUCGUUGCUACGUACCCUUGGCUACCUGUGGGACUUUGAACCUUUCACCCCUCGUGUUGAGAAGGCUGCCCCCUUCCACCAUUUGAUUCAGAGCACAUCGCGUACUGACACCCCGACUGCUUUGCCAAGCUCACACAAAUUUUAAUACAUUCCGCUGCAUGGAAUAGACAGUAG